CGCGUUGAAGGACCAAAGUUCGUCGACAAUCACAAUCAUUUGCGAUAAUUUGCAAAGAAAUUUCAUUUGCGACCGUCAGCAGCGCUCUCAAAUGCUUGGCAAACGCUGAGGAACGCAGUUCGGAGACGUUAAAUAAAACUUAAAAGUAUUAAGUAAUAAUUUGUUCGUGAAAUUAAAAGCCGGUUCACAAAUUUUUUAAUAAAUAAAAUGAGUAAAUCACUUUUGCGCUUUCGUGGUUGGUGUCUAGUGGGUCUGCUGUUGUCCGUCUACGCCACAUAUGUAGAGCUGAGAGCGGAAAAGGAUGCUGACUACGUGGCAAUGUGCGAUUUGAGUCCCAAAAUCAGUUGCACCGCAGUCUUUACAUCAAACUACGGCAAAGGAUUUGGUCUCACACAACACUUUACCAGCUGGAGCCCACCGAAUGGUGUGCUCGGCAUUGGCUUCUAUAUGCUGCUGCUGUUAAUGGCACCACCACGACACCGGCCUCUCGCCUGGCUGCAGCUAAUACUCUGCUUUGCUUCCAAUUUACUCUCUGUUUACUUGGCGUAUUUGUUGUAUUUCGUGCUGGAAGAUUUAUGUGUGGUUUGUGUGUCGAUUUAUGUCGUCAACUUCUUCUGCUUGUGGGAGUCGUGGCAAAUCUACAAGCUACUUUGGCCCAGCGACGCGAAAGUGUUUUCGAAAGCGCAAAAUGGCUUUGAUAAAAAUAAAUAAAAUAAUACUCAAUUGCAUUAAAUUAAAAUUAUUAAAUAUUGCUGUUCAUCAUUUCCG